AUGAGCUCAAUUUAUUCACUAUCGACUAUUGCUGCUCCUCAACAAGUCAUCCAUCUGUCGUCUCGCAAGUCCCAUGCAUCUAAUGGCCAUCCUAUUGAUGCCAUUGAAUUACAGAAUAUUGAACAAACAAACGUUCCCAACAAAGUCUUGGUGUCACAAUUUGACGCUUACACUGAACAAUUUCAUCAAAUAGAUACGUCGAUACGUCGACGUCGGCCUAGCAAUUCUACCCAAAGCACUGAUGAAUCGAUUGCAUUAAUGUAUGGUAAUGAGUCAAACCCAAAUGAGUUUCCCGAGGGCGGGAAAGAGGCAUAUUUAGUGCUUGCUGGGUCAUUUUUUGGAUUGGUUGCUGAUUUUGGAAUUCCAAACACCUUAGGAGCUAUUGAAUCUUAUGUUUCCUCAAACCAAUUGAGUAAUGUAUCUAAAGCCGACGUGGGGUGGAUCUUUUCAUUGCACUUGGGAGUAAUGUAUCUCGGCGGUGUUCUUUUUGGGGAAUUGUUUGACACAUAUGGAGCAAAAAGGCCACUAAUUGCUGGAACUAUUCUCAUGUGCGCUGGGUUGUUUUGUACUGCAGAGUGCAAAACAUUGUACCAAUUUGUAUUGAGCUUUUCUGUUUUAACAGCAAUUGGUACCAGUAUUGCCAUGUCACCGUUGAUUGGAGCUUUGAGUCAUUGGUUUCUCAAGAAAAGAGCAAUGGCAUGCUCAAUCGCUACAAUAGGGGGGUUACUCGGUGCAUCUUGUUUCGCUAUCAUGUUGCAGCAGUUAUAUGGUAAAAUAGGAUACAAGAAUGCGAUCAGGGUAUUGAGCUGUAUAUGCUUCUUAUGCAUGAGUUGUGCUAUUAUAUUAGUUCGGGAAAGGAAAGUCAGAAAUGUGGGAGACAGUGGAAGGGAGAGUGUUUCUGGUGACAGCUUUGAAGAUACCGAGAUCACAGAGGAGCAAAGAAAUGUCAGCUUUCGAGCAGGAUUCUUUGAUUUAUCUCACUUGACCCAAAUAAGGGACUUUUUGAGAGGAGCAUUGGACUUUUCUAUAUUGAAGGAUUUGAAGUUUGCGUCAUUGGCAUUGGGUGUAUCUCUAGCUGAUAUUGUUUCAGUUACUACAAUGACUUACUUGGGAUCGUAUGCAUUGGAGUACAAUGUUAGUGAGACACUGUCAUACUUGCUAUUGACAAUCAUUAAUGUGUGCGGUAUCCCUCUGCGAUUAUUAUCUGGUAUAAUUGCGGACAAAUAUGGAAGAUUCAACAUGAUGAUGUGCUCCUCAGUUUUUUCUACAAUAUUUGUUUUU